AAGUGAUUCAACGUUUCAAAAUUCAGAUUGGCUCCAGUUUUCACACAUUAAUGGCGAUUCGAACAUUCUCUUCUCUUGUUCGCGCUCUUCACCAAACCCCUAAAUCUCAAUCAUUUCGUAUCUUCUCUACUCUUCUACACGAUCCACCACCACCAGAUCUAGUAAACGAGAUCUCCCGCGUUCUCAGCGAUCACCGGAACCCUAAAGACGACCUCGAACACACUCUCGGCGCUUACUCUCCCCGAGUUUCGUCGAAUCUAGUCGAACAAGUAUUGAAACGCUGCAAAAAUCUCGGCUUUCCUGCUCACAGAUUCUUUCUAUGGGCAAGAAAAAUCCCAGAUUUUGAACAUAGCUUGGAAAGUUAUCACAUUUUGGUUGAGAUUUUGGGUAGUAGCAAGCAAUUCGCUUUGCUUUGGGACUUUUUAAUCGAAGCUAGAGAGUAUAAUUACUUUGAGAUUACUUCUAAAGUGUUUUGGAUUGUGUUUAGAGCUUAUAGUAGAGCUAAUUUACCUAGUGAAGCUAGUAGAGCUUUUAAUCGAAUGGUUGAGUUUGGGAUUAAGCCUUGUGUUGAUGAUCUUGAUCAGCUUUUGCAUUCGCUUUGCGAUAGAAAACAUGUGAAUCAUGCUCAGGAGUUUUUCGAUAAAGCGAAAGGGUUCGGGAUUGUACCGACUGCGAAGACGUAUAGCAUUUUGGUUAGAGGUUGGGCGAGAAUCCGAGACGCGUCGGGUGCACGUAAGGUGUUUGAUGAAAUGCUUGAGAAUAAUUGUGUUGUGGAUUUGCUUGCUUACAAUGCUCUUUUAGAUGCUUUGUGUAAAUCUGGUGAUGUUAAUGGAGCUUAUAAGAUGUUUCAAGAAAUGGGUAAUCUUGGACUUAAACCGGACGCGUAUAGUUUUGCGAUAUUCAUUCACGCGUACUGUGAUGCAAGCGAUGUUCACUCGGCUUAUAAGGUACUUGAUCGGAUGAAAAGGUACGAUCUUGUACCCAAUGUGUACACAUUUAACCAUAUCAUCAAAACACUCUGCAAGAACGAGAAAGUUGAUGAUGCUUACUUACUGUUAGAUGAGAUGAUUCAAAAAGGAGCUAAUCCGGAUACUUGGACUUACAAUUCGAUAAUGGCUUACCACUGCGAUCACUGUGAAGUGAAUCGAGCAACAAAGCUGUUAUCGAGAAUGGAUAGAACCAAGUGUUUACCAGAUAGACACACUUACAACAUGGUUCUAAAGCUCCUUAUAAGAAUAGGGAGAUUUGACCGCGCGACAGAGAUAUGGGAAGGAAUGAGUGAGAGAAAGUUUUAUCCGACGGUUGCGACUUACACUGUGAUGAUUCAUGGGUUAGUGAGGAAGAAAGGGAAGUUAGAGGAAGCUUGUAGGUACUUUGAGAUGAUGAUUGAUGAAGGGAUUCCGCCGUAUUCGACAACGGUUGAGAUGUUGAGGAAUCGGUUAGUCGGUUGGGGACAAAUGGAUGUUGUGGAUGUUUUGGCAGGGAAGAUGGAGAGAAGCAGUUCUUGUUCGGUUCGUGAUAUGGCGGUUGAGAUGAGAGGAAAGAGAAGGAGAAUGGGACGUAGAAGUGAAGGAAGUGAAGAUGAUGAUGAUGAUUUUGAGCUUGAAAGAGAUACUAUAUGAGAAGUUACAUUUUAACAUAUGAAUAAUCUGUUGAAAAUAGU